GAAUGUGGGUCGGGUUCAGUCCGUGAAAGUGCGCGCUCGAGUGCGGAUCUAUAGGGAGACCUAACCGGGCUGAUUCGGCGUGGAGUGUUUGUGUGGGCUCGCUGGCGAACGAAAACGACACCAGUGAACUUGUUGGCUGACCUUUGCUGGGUGGAUUGAUAGAUUGCGAUAAGAGUUGGGGGCUGCGGUAUUUUUGGAAAGCGUUUACGAUUGCAUUUUAGGUGCAAACGGUGCGCACUUCAGUCAUGUCGGAGAAGUUGAACGCUACGCCUGCGCUCAUCACUUCGAUCACCAGCAAGUACCCUACCUUCCGGGAUGCGCCUCUAAAAACGGUUAAUCUUUGGCUGGAGGGAAAACGGCAAGACGAUGGAGCCGAAGGACUGUGGCGGAUUCACGACACGCUGUACGACUUAACAGAUUUCAUAGAUCGGCAUCCGGGUGGCGUCGAUUGGAUUCGACAGACAAAAGGAACUGACAUCACCGAAGCGUUUGAGACGCAUCAUAUUACUACGAAGGCGGAAAACCUUCUUCCGAAGUACAAAGUACGGGAAGCUAAGCUUCCGCGAAAUGUGAGGCUCACGUUUAGAGACGACGGGUUCUACCGCACCUUGAAGCGACGGGUUCGCGACAAACUGCAGGGGAUCGACAAAACGCCGAUCCAGACAUCAAGACUGAUUAUCGAUUCGUUGCUGGGAAGUGCGUUUGUGUUUGCCUUUUUGGCUAUCAGAUUCAACAGCUAUUUGCUGGCCGUGCUUAGUGGGAUGUGCGUCAACUGGACCAUGAUUUGUGCGCACAAUUUCUUUCACCAGAAAGAUAAUUGGCGUAUGAAGUUGUUUAAUUUGGCGUUCUUCAGUUACAGAGAAUGGCGUAUAUCGCAUGCAAUUUCACACCACCACUAUCCGAACUCGAUCCUCGAUUUGGAAAUUUCCUAUUUCGAACCGAUGCUAUGCUGGUUACCUAACCCGAAGCUUAAAGGAACCUUCCAAAGGUACGGCUCCUGGAUCUACGGGCCCAUUGUUUAUUCGUGCAUGUUUAUUGGAGAUUUCGUGAAAAGAAUUAUCGAAUCCUUAAACACUGGUAAAUCCAAUUUCUUCGCGGACGAUCUAAUAACGUUUAUUCUACCGACCUUUAUGUACCUGAGCGAUUCAACCAGUUUGGGAGAGGUUCUCAAGAUGUGGGGCUUCAUCGUAAUGGUAGCAAGUUUUGGAUUUGGUUUGAUCGGAUUGAAUGCCGCCCAUCAUCACCCGGAAAUAUUCCAUUCAGGAGAUAAGAUACCGGACGAAAUCGACUUCGGAGUGUACCAGAUUGCGGCCGUCAUCGAUCGAUCUGACGUCAAGGGGUCACAGUUUGCAGUGUUAACUAGCUUCGGCGAUCACUGUUUACAUCACAUGUUUCCAACGUUGGAUCACGGAAUACUGCCCCAGUUCUACCCUGUGUUCCAUCAAACUUGCGAAGAGUUUGAAACCGUAUACCGGGAGUGCUCCUGGCUGCAUCACAUCGUUGGUCAGCACAAGCAGUUGGCUAGAAUUGAAACCCAAGUUUACAGUCCUUCCAAGAAGUUUCACUAGAUUAUGUUUUACAAAAACGUGGUGCCAAAGAGAAUGAGUCAUAGAGUCAUAGAUAUUGUAGGUAUUAUACAAUGAUUUUAUUGAAAUUUUCCAAAUGUUGUAAAUCAUUUGAUACAGGGAUUACUCUAGGGUAUAGAAAGUAGUACUAAAGUGAUAUUUUUAUAUUACCAGUAAAACUGUUGUUGAUUGUAAUAAAUAAUUGGAAUGUUUUCUA